AUGAGGGCUGCCACGAGGGCGAAGGCAAGGAGCUCGAUGGCGGUGCAUGGCAUUUUCCCAUUGGGUGACGACUAUGAGGUCAUCCCCGCCUUUUACAUCCACAGGGAGCCCCGCGGCUCCCAGGAGAAGAGGGCGCACUUCACGCUCCUCUUCAGCCACGGCAACGCCGAGGACCUCGGCUACAUCAUCAGGUAUUUCAAAGAUCUCAGCAGCAUACUGAACGUGAAUGUUUUCUCUUACGAGUACACUGGAUACGGGAUGAGCACUGGCAGCCCUACGGAAUUAGCCGUCUAUUCCGACGUGGAGGCGGCUUUCAAGUACAUCCGCGACGAGCUCCGCACACCCUGGCAGCAGAUCGUGCCGUACGGCCGGUCCCUCGGAACCGCGCCGUCCGUGCACCUGGCCAAGUUGACCGCCGUGCGCGGAGUGGUGCUCCAGAGCCCCAUGGUGUCGAUCUACAGGAUUCCCUUCCAGCUGCGCUUCACGCUACCUGGGGACGUGUUCUCCAACAUCGACAAGAUAGGAAAGGUGUGUUGCCCCACGUUCGUCAUACAUGGCACCAGGGACGAGAUCGUGCCCGUCUGGCACGGACAGGCGCUGUACGAGGUGUGCAAGAAGAAGGGCACCGCAUACGACGCAUUCAUGCGGGUGGGCGGAGACCACAACAGCCUGGAGCAGCAGGCGGGGGACGCAUUCUACGACCGCCUCGGCAGAUUCCUGGCGCAUCUGGAGCAAAACGAGCCCUCCGACAAGUUGCUGCAGCAGGCCGCCGAGUCGCCACAGUUGUGA